AUGGAUGAAGAUACAAUGCAUGCUUUAGUAACAUGUGAUUAUGCAACAUCCAUUUGGGCUCAAUCUCACCUUCCAAUCCCCAUGAUAACAACAAAUAUUUUUUAUGAUUGGUUUAGUGAUCUAUUGAAUAUUUUAGACACUAACCAAAUUGUUCACGCAGCUGCUAUCUUAUACCACAUUUGGAGAGCCAGAAACGGAGCGGUAUGGGAUGCAUGUCUACCGCGACCACGGAAGGUGUUAGCCGUGGCCAAAGCCACCACACUUGCAUGGCAGCGGGUCCACCCCACACACCGCCAAAUAAACCAUCACGCUGUCGCGCAAGGCCACCUUACUACCACUGCCGUGGCACGGCAGCAGCAGCAACACGCCACUGCCGACACACACGGACUGCCGGACGAUGCUGGCCACACGACGUCGCCGACGGAAGAUGCCGACUCCAUCCGCAAAUGUUAUAUCGAUGCCGGUUUUAUGCCUGCUACAGGAAAGGCUACGGUUGGCGCGAUUUUGUUCGACGAAGAAGGAGAAUAUGUAUCGGCUUUCAGUGCGCCCUUAUCAAAUUGUCUUUCACCGCUUAUGGCUGAGACAAUAGCGUGUAAGGAAGCCUUGUCUUGGCUAUGGAAUCGCGGGGAACGAUCAGUACGCUUGCUUACAGAUUGCUUGACCCUACAACAAUAUUUGACAAGUCGAAUUGUCACAAUACGGACUUACGUCGGCUAUGCCAUUGAUGCUUGUAGAGCACGUAUUACUUCUUUUGAUUACUGCUCAGUUAAUUUCAUUCCUAGAUCAGAGAACUAUUUAGCUCAUAGAUUAGCAACUUCUGCUUUUAAUUCUGCUACAGUUAUGUAUUCGGACAAUGUCCCUCCAGACUCUAUUCUGAGUACUUCUAAUAUAUGCCUCAUUGGCCACCUUUCAAAAAAAAAAUACUCCGCUUCACAUAUUGUUUUGAUAGUGCAAAUAUACUCCUCUUCACACAUUUAA